UAUCCUUAUGAAGGAUCAGAAAAAGUUUUGCAAAGAAGGAUACAUCUGAGAAAGGGACUGGACCCUCUUCGUGUGGCUUUGCCUAUAGAUACAUAUCAUAUAUAUAUAUAUAUAUAUAUAUACAUACUUUGACAAGAAAGCUUUGAUCUUUUUCACUGCCUUUGCUUGCCUUUGCGCGUCUCUCUCUCUGUCUUUGGUGGGUUUUGUUUUGCUACUCCAUAUUGGUCUUCCUCUUAGGAAAUCCCUCGAAGGAAAAAUUAAGGUAGAGAAAAAAAAAAAAGAAAAAAAAGAAAAAGAAAAGUUGCCUAAAGUUUCCACCAGGUCAAGUCCUCUGUUUUUUUUCGUUUUAUGUUAUUUUCCUUUGUGCUUGAUGGUUGAAUUUCGGCUUCUUGUUGUUGAAGAACAAACAUGAUCAGAUUAAUGGUCUGAAAUUCUGGUCUUGCAUGGCGAGCCACAGAGUUGGAGAGACUGGUUUGUCAGACUCAGGACCUUCGAAUCACCAUAUGCCAUAUGCAGUUUUCCAUGGGAUUAACAAUCCUGCUUCAACAAGCUUCAUUAAUCAAGAAGGAUCGGCUUUUGAUUUUGGAGAGCUGGAACAAGCAAUCGGUCUGCAAGGAGUGAAGAUUGGAAAUGAUGAAGCUAAAGCACCUUUUUUCACAGCCAGGCCUGCAGCUACUCUGGAAAUGUUCCCUUCAUGGCCAAUGAGAUACCAGCAAACCCCAAGAGGAAGUUCAAAGUCAGGAGGGGAGAGUACAGAUUCAGGAUCAGCAUUGAACAACAACAAUAUCAAUAACACUCUUUAAAGCAAAGAGGCACAAUUAGAGCCAGAAUCUCCUCUAAGUAAAAAGACAACAUCUUCAUCAGAUCAUCACCAAGCUUUUGAUCAUCAGAAAAGUCUACAACGUCAACAACAGCAGAACAUGGCCACUGAUACCUCAAGAACAGGAGGGCCCACAUCAUCACAAAUUCAAUCAGCUCCCAAACAACCACAAGAAAAGAGGAAGGGACCUGGUUCAACUUUAUCGAAGCCACUUGACGCUAAGACAUUGAGACGCUUAGCUCAAAAUAGAGAGGCUGCAAGAAAAAGCCGUCUGAGAAAGAAGGCUUAUGUGCAACAACUAGAGUCAAGUCGAAUAAAGCUUACUCAGAUUGAACAAGACCUUCAAAGAGCCCGCACGCAGGGAUUAUUUUUGGGUGCUUGCGGUGGUGCCGCCGGCAAUAUCAGCUCAGGGGCUGCAAUUUUUGACAUGGAGUAUGCAAGAUGGCUAGAAGACGACCAGCGACACAUGACGGAGCUCCGAACGGGGCUGCAGGCGCAUCUCCCGGACGGAGACCUCCGAAUGAUAGUCGACGGUUACAUUUCGCAUUACGAUGAAAUUUUCCGGCUCAAGGGUGUGGCUGCAAAGUCUGAUGUGUUUCACCUCAUAACUGGAAUGUGGACCACUCCCGCCGAGCGUUGCUUCCUCUGGAUGGGUGGCUUUAGACCCUCUGAGCUUAUUAAGAUGUUAAUACCGCAGUUAGACCCGCUAACAGAUCAGCAACUGGUGGGGAUAUACAACCUCCAGCACUCGUCACAACAGGCAGAGGAGGCUCUCACACAGGGGUUGGACCAGCUCCAGCAGUCUCUCGUCGACACCAUCGCCGGCGGGCCCGUUGCCGACGGCAUGCAACAGAUGGCUGUCGCCUUGGGCAAGCUCUCCAAUCUUGAAGGAUUUGUUCGUCAGGCUGAUAAUUUGAGGCAGCAAACGCUUCACCAGUUGCGUAGGACAUUGACGGUUCGCCAAGCAGCUCGUUGUUUUCUUGUAAUUGCAGAGUAUUAUGGCCGCUUAAGAGCGCUUAGUUCCCUUUGGGCUUCUCGACCGCGAGAGACCAUGGUUAGUGAUGACACGUCAUGCCAAACGACGAAAGAUUUACAAAUGGUUCAUCAUCAUCAUCAUCAUCAACCUUCACAGAAUCAUUUCUCGUCGUUUUGAUUGGAGAGAUUCAAUCCCACUAGCCAGCAGAGAGAAGCCACGUCAUUGACUAUCUCCUCGAUCGGUUGCUUUCUUUUUGGCUUCUGUUGGAUUUCUUCAUGUUCUGCUUUUUAGAAGGA